GUAGGUUGUUUACUAAAAUAAUAAAUCAGUCUUGGUCUAACGCCCGUCUUUGAUUCACAUGUCCCACGUCUCAAUAACGUGACAUGGCGCAGCCGGUAAUAAUGUAUCCCGAUUAUGAGUGAUUUUAUUGUGCCGAAUUAUUAUAAUAGUGCGCAUGAGUGACACAGAAAGUGAUAAUUUUGAGGACAGUUCGGAAAACGUUUUAUGUGAACGUGAUAAAGCAAUCAAGAUGGAGUCGGUAUUGCAACCACCGUCACCGUUUAAUUUCGAAAAUAAUUUAACGAACGUUACAUCGGGUAACUUGUGUCGAGACUGGGAAAAGUGGAAAAAAUCAUUUUCUAUCUACUACGAAGCAUGUGAGUUGUCGAAAAAGGACCACAAAGUGCAGAUUAACAUAUUACUACAUGUCAUCGGAGAUAAGUGUCGCGAGGUGAGCGAACAGUUUACGGGCGAAUCGAAGACACUCAAGGAGCUGCUCGAUAAAUUCGACAAGUUUUUCAUACCUAAGAAAAAUUUAGCCGUGGAGAGGCAAAAAUUCUUUAGAAGGGACCAAAAGGAAUUGGAAUCUAUCGAACAAUAUGCAUUCGAACUUAACAAGAUCGCGUCGAAGUGUGAGUUCCAGAAUUUACAGGAUGAUCUCGUGUGCAGCAGAUUAAUAUGCGGAAUUCAGGAUGUAGCACUGUCGGAAAGGUUACUCAGGGAACCGGAAAUAACAUUACCUAAAGCAAUAGACAUUUGUAGAUUGGCAGAAAUGUCUCGUAUGCAGGCACAAAACAUUAAGUCUGAAAAUAAUCAACAUCACGUGCAUUCCGUUGCGGAUCACCACAAAACGAGCGACUCAGAGAUUCACUUGGUGAAGGAAACCCGUGCUAGCUCGAGCAGACGCAAUUAUGUCCGUGGAGCUCGCCCGCGCCCGACCGUGUCGGCCUCCGCCCCAGCGCCAGCGUCUGCGCCCCGCGACCGGUUUCCUCAGCCGGCGGAGCACCCGCGAGGUGCUCGGCGUCACGACCGAGCGAUCCAGCAGCGGCCCCGGGAAUACAGAGGUUGCGACUACUGCGGCAGGAGUCACAGGAGGAACGAGUGUCCAGCGUACGGCCAGCAGUGCAGCAGGUGCAGGAAGAUGAACCACUUCGCGCGGAUGUGUCGCGUUUACACGGUACAGGACGAUUCAUCCACCGAUCAGGACAGUGCGACCUCCUGAUCGGUGGGGUUUCUCCUCGAACGAUGGCAGGCAAGUUAGCUAAGACUUUGGCAGGUUAGUUUAAAUAAAUUUAUUAUAAUUAAAAUUAUAGUGGCCAUGUUAAUUUAA